AUGAAAGUACCUAGCUUGUAUUUUGCAUUUGCUUUACUGUUCAUAUCAACUUUAGCUUAUGAAAUUAAACAAGAUCAAACCGAUUAUGGUAUCAGCUAUUAUGAGGUAGGUGAUAUAAAUAUUGCACCAAACGUUGAUUAUUCAAUCAUCGACAACGCCAUUACAGAGAUUGUUGGUGACCUUCAUGUUGGAGAGGGAGGUGGCUUCUAUAUCAGUAGCUUUAGUGACGUUAUCGGUUUACAUAUCAGCAUGCAAGCUGGUGAUGUAAAUAACAAAGGAAUUAUUUCUUUCAAUUCCUUAGAAUCGAUUCUUCCAAGCACUUAUAUCUUCACUACUAUGGAAAAUUUUAUUAAUGAUGGUAGUGUCUAUAUGGGCUCAAAUGGAGCUAUGGUUCCCGGUGUUUUCACUAUCAAUUCACCAGUUGUUACUAAUAAUGGUUUAAUGGUAUUCUAUCAAUCAGAAAAUUUUGGUGGUAAAGUUAUUUUAGGUGGAACAAAUUUAUUAAAUGGAAUUGACAACAAUGGUCAGAUUUGUUUGUACAAUGAAUUGUAUGAACAACUCUCUCAUAUUAAGGGUUCAGGUUGUAUUACUUCACAGGAAAACUCCACUGUCUUUAUUAAAAAUCCUUUCGCUUACAUAGCUGAUCAAACUAUCUAUUUAGCUGAUUCUCGAUCUUCUGUCAUUGCAAAUCCGGUUCUUUCCGGACACCCAAUUAACAUUGCAGGGUUUGGAAACGGAAAUAUGGUUUCCUUAAGUAGUACAUUACUUCCUGAUCUUCUAGGAGUAACUAGAGCAUUCUCUUAUAAUGCCCAAAAUGGACAUUUAACACUUUAUAGUUUACCCGGUUUACAGAUUUUCAAUAUAGGUACAGGGUAUAACGAAAAUGGUUUUGAAGUCACAACAGAUUGGAGUGCUGUUACUAGUGGGGUAUUUCUUCCUUUUAAUGCUGUCACAUACAAAGGACCAGUCCCAAAUCCAGGUUUACCAGGUAAUUGUGCUUUAUGUAGUGAGCUUCCUCCUGUUCCUGGGAGAACCGGUACAGAAUAUACUACCACGGUGACUCUUGAAGAUCCUGAUUCCGUUUGUACAGAUGUUGAAUAUGUUAUCAUUACUUCAGAUUAUCAGGGCAGUUACCACACUGUCAGCAAUCUUAUUACUGAAACCUGCAGC